AUGAUUUUCUAUAUUGUGCAGUUCAUUGUUUUGUUUGCUGUUGCAUCUGCAGCCAAGCUGCGGAUCAACAUUCAAAAACUGGUGGAACACGGCACUUAUCGGGCCGUCAUAAUUGACUUGGGACUCGCCAGAUUUCAGAAGAACGGCCUUUACUUUGGCGUAGAAGGAGGCAAUUGGUGUUACUCCGCUCCCGAGAUUUUCCAAGGAAAACCCAGAGACCAGUUCUCUGAUGUGUGGGCGAUGGGGAAAAUCCUAGCAGAGCUCCUGAUCGUGCCCAGAGCGAGACUCCCUCCCAACAUCACCCCUGUUCAUGUGUUUGCAGCCAUGAAUAUGAAUCCAUAUGGUCUCCCGGUCCAUAGAAUGACGCCUGGAUUUUGGACUGAGGAUGGAGGAGAGGUUAUCGUACACAAGCGCUCGGCAUCAUGGGGGAGCGCUGACCAUCUCAUAGAGAUCGCUAAACUCCGCCAGCAGCUUCAGCGCAGUUUGCAGGGAAGUUGCAAUAUCAAGGAGAAAGAAGAAGUGACGCAGCUGAACCAGGUCCAGCCAAAACGACUCACUGCAUCUUCAACUAAUAUGAUCCAUUCAAGACCCCUCAUAUGUAGAAUGCCCAGCUAUAGUGACUGUAUUAACCAGGAGCUGGAGAGUGUCUUCGUCUGUGAGGACUGGGGAAGGGAAGAGGAGAAGCCUCUGGAGGUGCGAGACGGUGGCCGUGCUCCUGUUCCUCCUCUUCAUCACACUCACAGAGCUGAGACACAGAUGUCCUGCAGUCCCUGUUUCUGUUGCUCUCCUCCUGCAGACACUGACAAAGAUUACAGGAAUGGUUCACCUCUGCCCCAGUUUUCCAGCUCUCCCAAACCCAACAACAGUUAUAUGUUUAAACGUGAGCCUCCCGAGGGCUGUGAGAAGGUCAAAGUGUUUGAAGAUCUCAUCACUUGUAGGACACAAGGCUUUCCCAUCUUUUCCUGCCCCGACAGAAACAAGGUGAACUUCACUCCGAGUGGCUCUGCCUUCUGUCCUGUAAAGCUGCUGUGUUCGUCCCUAUUCCCAUCAGAUGCUGCUGCUCUUCCCAGUCCGCUGGAUAAUCACACUUCCGAUCAGACGUCUGGUCCUCAAAACAGCUUCCCGCUGCGCUGCACAAACGCAGACAGUAUCAGGAAGUGCCUGCUGCUCAGUUAGCCAAUCAGAGCUCAGAUCUGACUCCUCUUUCUAGGAAAUUUCUUACUUGCUAAUGGUUGUGCAAAAGGACCAUUUUGUUGUACAUUGAACUUUAUCUUGCAGUUUCAUGUAAUUCUGCUGGAAUGCACAAAUCUUUACUUAAUCUUACAGCACAUCCUACUAACCAGGUAAAACACAUUAGAUAUGACAGUAUUAACAGCCCAAAAUACUCUUUCAUGCCUUAACACAGAACUCAGGCUUAGUUUCCAUUAGGGCUGGAUGAUAUAGGUGUAAUUAAUUAUAUUUCAAUAUUAUUUUUCAGUCUUUUGAUGAUAUAUAUAUAUAUUUUUUUUUUUUCAUGAUUUUUGACCACAACAGUCAUUGCUAGCAAAAUAACUGCACAUAUAUAGUGCAUAUUCACAAUACUACCCAGCCCUAACAUCCAUACAUCCCUGUUUGAGUCAUAAUGACAGUAAUGAUGUUUUUUUGUAUCAUUUUUGGGUCUUCCUCAUUUAUUCGUAUGACACUGUUAUGGUGUAUAAAUAUAACUGCUGGAUGCUCAUAUUAAAGUGACAUUUGUAAAGU